AUGAGAAGAGUGGAGAGUGCGAAUAAAUUAAUCAUGCAAAUAAUGCUAUAAUAUAUAAACAUAUGUUAAUUAAUAUUAAUUGUAAAAUAUACAAGCCGCAAAGAUGAAUUCGAAGUAUUUGAUAGCCAGUCUACACAGGAGUUUGUGUUAUUUGACAUAUUGUUUGAUACAGCUGAUUAUUUCGACAGUGCUGCUCGUUUAUGUAGGAUAAUGAUUGAGAACAUUAGGUCAUUUGGGAUCGACACAAGUACCCUUCAGAUUGAUAUAUUUAGAGUUUGGAGAACCCUCUUGUUUUGAUUUGCGAAGGAGUGUUGACUUUCACAAUUUGCACAGACUUAACACUCAAAGUACUGAUGGAAGGAAGAGUAUUAUAAAUUAAUAUUUUAUAUUUUAAUUAAAGGAAUUCUUCACAACAGCCUGGAAUGUGUUAGACUUUUGUGCAUUUUUGUCAAUCAUCUUGUGUAUAAGAUUGCAAUAUGAAGUGUAUUACGAUGAGAUUUUUGGAAUUUCCCUAAUUUCUAUGCGUUACUUGUCACUAACAGUCAGAAUGGUAGUUCUUCUCAAAUAGUAUAUCUUUGUUCUCCAUUUACUAGGUCUUAUUUUGUAUAGAUGAUGCAACAACAGCGAGAUAUUUUAAUUUUUAAAAGAUCCAAAAAUUAAGAUCUCAGUAUCUUGGAUAUGAGUUCAGAGAUAUUAAAUGAUUCCCAAUUUGUUGAAACUAUGAAACUUGUUAGUGAAUGA